AUGGAAUACAGAAUAGCAAUUGUUUAUGAUAACAUACGAAGAAUUAAAUACGCAUAUAAGAGAGAUAUCAUUAUAAGGAAAUAAUAUAGAAAAUUGUAAUUCUACUUAAGAUCAAUUGCAUUGGCCAUAAGGAGACUAAAAUAUUGGUAGCUAUCUGAAGAAGUAAUAGUAGAUUGUAGAUAUUUGAGAAAUACUUAAGAGGAAUUCUACAAUGACGGAGAUGGCACAAAAUGGGAAGGAUGA